UUAAUUAUAAAAUGUGUAGUAGAGUAUGAUAGCGUUUCAAUACGAAUCGAUUGACUUUAUCUAAAUUGUUUUUGAUUAGGAUAAAAGCUUCGGCAUGGUGGUUUGAUUGAUUAGGUUGCAUUCGAUAAAAUGUUACCGACGAAGGAUCAACUCGAGGCUAAAUUGUAUGGAUCUUUGAAACCGAUCACCGAGAUGAGCGCUGUGAUCGGAUUGUUACCCAAAAAGACGUUGCAACUGAAGAAGCCCAAAUAUUGGAAAUUGUAUGAUUACGUUUACGUAAUCGGUUAUACAGGACUGUACCUCUUCUUUACCGUGUACACCUUAUAUUACCUGUACAUAAACGAGAUGACCCAGGAUAUUAUACCUAAAGAGAUUCUGGUGUACGCGUCUUCAAUCGCUCUAAUGCAAACCAUGAUCUUCCCCUGCGUGGGUUUCAGAUUUCGACACAUGAUUACAAGAACAAUACGACAAAUGGUCGACAUAGAUUACGCUCUCAGGAUGAUGGAAAUAAGCAUUGAUUAUGGAAAGAAUUAUCGUGACAACAUCAUCAUCUUGUGCUCUAUUGCCAUCUCCAUCAUACUGAGGGCGAUUUUCAGCGCUAACACCAUCAAGUUGGACGUGAUCCAGCAGGUCACUCUGGUCGUUGCCGUAUAUAUGAUGAGUUUGGUCAAGUUCCAAUACGUGGCGCCUGUGAAUUGCGUGUUGGACAGAUUCCGAGCAAUCAAUCGAAAAUUGAAGACUAGAUGCACCGGUUAUGAAAUGAACAAGCUGUGUAAGCUACAUUUUCGCUUAUGCCAUUGUCUUCGACUUCUGAAUACCGCUUUCGGCUGUCAGAUCUUCAUCUCUGUUUCGUGCUCCUUCAUACGAUUUCUUUUCCAACUGUAUUUCUUGUACAAUUUAUUAACGAAGCGACAAGAUACAACUAGCGCCUUCAAAUUUGGUACACCCAUAUUCUAUAUAAUCACAGAAAUCGUCGAGAUCUACAUGCUAGUCAAUGUUUGCGCCAAGACCAAACGAACUGCAGAGAAAACUCCUAUCAUCAUACACGCUCUUCGGGCAAAAUUUGAAUUCACGCAGGACGAAGAUGCAAAUAUAUACACUCAUUCUUUAGAAAUGCUGCAUCAACUCGUCGAAUUCGCUCCACUUGGUAUCUUUCAUUUAGAUUAUUAUUUGAUAUACCAGAUGGUGAUGGCUGCGUCGGCUUACGCUAUAGUUUAUAUACAAUAUGAUAUUUCAAGAUAAUAAGUAUUAGUUGAGUAGUUAAGAAAAAUAGAUUUUAUAAUGUAAACUAAAUAAAAAUAUAGAC